AUGGCAAAGUUCAUUACAUUGCCCUCGGGUGCAAACUCAUCAAAGAUUUUAUCUGAGAUAGCCUCAGCUAAAAAACGCAGCUCCACACAUGCCGAGGGUGGUUCUACAAAUUGGCCCUUUACUGGGGGUGUACCCAGUCAUCUGUCUUUUACAGAACAUACUGGUGUUGAGAGAGUGUACAUAGCAGGUUAUCAAGAUGGAUCUGUACGGUUAUGGGAUGCCACAUAUCCUGUCCUAUCACUUAUUUGCAUUGUAGAAGGCGAGGUUGGUAGUGUAGGAGUUGCUGGCUUUAGUGAUCCAGUUUCAAAUUUGGACCUCUGUUCCCUUACACUAAGUCUAGCUGUUGGCAAUAAAUGUGGACUGGUUCGCAUUUAUAACCUGAAUGGCAGCUCAGAUGAGACUACUUUCCACUUUGUAAUAGAUAAUAAAAAUGAAGUUCACACGUUGCGUCAAGGGAAAGGUCCUCCACUUAGAGCUGUUUUUUCUCUUCUCAAUUCUCCUAUUCUUGCACUCAAGUUUGCAAAUUAUGGAGCCAAGCUUGCUGUAGGGCUUGAAUGCGGUCUUGUGGCAGUACUUGAUAUGGGUUCAUUAUCGGUUCUGUUCUUUACAGACUCUGUAUCUGGCUCUAGCUCGCCAGUUGUUUCAAUAAAUUGGGUAGAAUGCAUAAAUACUUGUAGCCUUGUGAAAAGCCCAAAGCAUUCGGAUUCUAAUAUUCCAGUCAACCCUACAGAGGAAAUCAUGUUUUUACUUACCAAGGAUGCAACUCUUUACAUGAUUGAUGGUGGAAGUGGUAGAUUGAUGAACUCACAUCCAUGUCAUCCAAAAAAGAAAUCAGUUGCAAUUUCUAUUUCUUCUGUAUCUUGCUCAACUGAUGGAAAGAAGCUAGAGGAAUCUAGCCAGGAUGCAGCAGCCAAGACUGAAACCACGCAUACAACAACCUCAACAGGGAUUAGUUCACAUAACAAUGAACAUCACUCAUCUUCAAAUAUUGCAGUAAACAGAGAAAGAUUGAUGGAUUCAUUUAUAUUGCUUUGUUGUGAGGAUUCAUUGUGCGUAUACUCUACAAAGAAUGUGAUUCAGGGAAACAACAAAACCAUUUGUAAAGUGAAACAUGCAAAACCUUGCUGUUGGUCUUCAACUUUUAGGAAAGAUGGAAACAUUUGUGGAGUGAUUUUGCUGUUCAAGAGUGGAGAAAUUGAGAUCAGGUGA